AUGUCGAACAUCUCAGCUUUACUCCUGAACUCCAGCAUCUCCGGUUGGCAUCGUCCGCUGUGGUACCAGUAUGAGGCGUGUGCGGAGGCUCCACACUGGUUUAUCUUUUACUUCAGUGUGAAGAUAGUAAACUUGUUCGCAGGUUUCCCAAUGAAUGCUCUGGUGAUGUGGCAGAUCCUGAAGAAGAAGAGCGAGGGGUCAACAUCAGACAUCUUCAUCUUCAACCUCUCCGUCCUGGAUGCUUACUUUGGGCUGAUGACCCCGGUGGACAUGGUCAACCGCCUCUACUUCAAUGAUCCCACAAUCUGGUACUCCCAGAGGUUUGCAUACGGCCUGAAAGACACCACUCCGCUGUUCCUCACCUGUAUUUGUCUGGAUAGGUAUGUGGCUGUGGUCCAUCCCAUUCUGUUCACCGGCACGCGGGACGCUGGCAUCCGCAUCGGCAUCUCCAUGGUGGUGUGGGGACUCAUCCUGGCCUACUCUCUCACCAAAUGCAUUCUGGGUAUUUUAAGUGUGAACGAGGUGUUCAGCGGCCUCAUCCUCUCCGCCUUCUCCAUCAUGGUGUUCUGCAACCUGUCCAUCAUCUGGGUCCUCAGGAAAAGCGUGGCCGGGAAGGAGGUCAUGAAUCCGGUUAAGAAGAAGGCCUUUAAGAUGGUGAUGAGGGUGCUGGCCAUCAUCAUAGUGAACUAUCUGCCGCCGGUGGCCCUAAUGCCGUUUGCGUCCACGUAUUCGUUUGUGACUCUCCACUGUAAGGUUCUUCUAGCUGUGUUCUCCAUCAUGGACCUGAGCUGCACCAUUGAGCCUCUGCUCUACAUCUCGAAGAUGGAUCAAUCCACCUUCUGCUCCUGCUUAAAGAGUCCCUCAAAGAAACCCACCAAUGUGAGCGUCUGA